AGAAAGCGGGCAUACACUCCUGUACGUUCGACGAAUACAGAUGAAGCAGAUGGAGCUGAUGAUGCCAUUUUGACAAAUGCAGAUGGAACUGAUGACGCCAUGUGCUACAGUGACACACCAGAUGAGGCUCCAUGCAAUGAAACGUUGGUGUCAUCUUUUCUGAGUGAAGCAGAUGCUGGCCAGAUGCAUGAGCUCGUUCCUGAUGCCCCCAAAAGAGACAUGUGAAAAAGGCAUUGGAACCGUAAAUGCAGAUCAGUUUCAGCCGAGAGGCUUCCGUGGCUACGACUCUGUGACAUCUGAAAGCGACCAUGCUGAAGUCCUAAAGGACCUGACAGGAGUGUCUCCUACCUGCUUCGCAGUUCUGCUGGGGUUGUUGACACAGGUGAAGACUCCACGUGCAAUGGACAUCAGCCGUGAGAGUCGCCUUCUGCUUUUCUUAAUGAAGAUGAAACAUGCCCUGACAUUUGCUGCGCUGGGUGCCCUCUUCAGUGUACACCGCACGACAGCUUCCCGCACAUUCUAUGCCACUCUGGACACAUUGUAUUCGAAGACGCAAGGGUGGUUAAUAUGGUUUCCACGAGAGGUAGUGCAAGAGACGAUGCCCCAUUCUUUUCGGGAAAAGUACCCAACAUGCAGGGUAAUCAUAGAUUGUACAGAAGUGCCAAUUGAAAAGCCCCCUGAAGUCAGUGAACAAGUUAAUUGCUGGAGCAGCUACAAGAGCAACUUCCCAUUGAAAUUCCUAGUUGGUGUGACCCCUUGCGGCUUCAUAUCAUUUGUUUCCCGUGUCUUUGGAGGGCGCUCAAGUGACACUUACAUUACAGCAAACUCUGGAUUGCUAGACUUGCUCGAACCCAAUGAUCUUGUGAUGGCUGACAAAGGAUUUCCCCAUAUCCGGUGUGACCUAGAUGCACGCCAGGUUACGCUGGAGAUCCCACCUUUUGCUCGAAUGAAUGAGCAAUUCACAACUUUAGAAGUGGAACGUACCUACAAGAUAGCUUCCCAUCGUGUUCACGUAGAACGCUGCAUUCAAAGAAUCAAAAUAUUUAACAUCUUGAAUGCAAAGUUGCCCCAAGAGCUCAGAAAUCAUGUGGACAAAAUAGUAACUCUAUGCUGCGUUCUUGCAAACAUGCAGAAGCCCAUAUUUAAAAAUCUGUGAAGAAAGAGAACAGAGAAAUAUAUGACUCAGGGGAAAAGUGCUGACGCCAGGAAUUAAGCCUAGACCUUCCUGAAUUCUGGUUAGGGACGCCACUGUUGCACCACGACAGCAGCACAUUCUCCUGAGUUAGAAGGCUUCAAGUACGAAGAGGACGGACAACCAAUCACAUUCCUCCCAUUCUCUGUUACAUCUUUCUCAUUCGCUCAUACAUUCAGACAUGAGGCAGGGCGUCAUCUUGUUGGUCCAAGGUAAAGAAGCAUUAGUCAAGGCAAUGUAAUUUAACUGAUUCUGUGUCGUCCAUGUCUGUAGCCUGCCUCUGCUAAUUCUCGUCAUUUACACAAGAUAUUGCCCUGCCUCGUGUAUGAAUCUGUGCAUGAGUGAGAAUGGAAAGAACCUGAUUUGUUGCCCUUCUGCUCUGUACUUGGGCACCCUAACUCAGAAGAAAGCCCAGCUGUCAUGGUUU